GACUGAUGUAUAAAAAAGGACCAUUUGGAACAUUCUUAAUGUCUCUCUAGCAAUACAAUCAGAAUCUAACUUUGACAGUUUUUGCAGGCCUUCAAUUUUUUAAGCACCUUUUCUCCUUCUGUUGCCACUUCUGUUAGAUCAUCUGUUUUUUUUGUUAUGAUUGAGUCCGCAUUACAUUGACCAUGUCUCUGCAUAAUGAGCCAACUGGCCGUUUUUGCGUUAGCUAUACCUUAUUCAUAAAUCAUACUUUGUUAGCAAUCUGCAGCUUGUUGCAUAUAGCCAAUUACCAUCACUUUAUGAAUUUACACGGUGAAGAAGCAGACGUUAAAAGAGAUUUCACACUCUUCACUUCCUUCCACCAGCAAUGAUUCUGGUUACAAGAUGGGUAAUCUUGAGUAUGAUCUUUCAAAUGUUGCUAGUACUUGCAGGUUCAGAGACAUUGGAAGUGAGGCAAGCAUUGGUCAAGUUUAUGAACAAGAUUUCUCUUGGGAACAUCUCAAAAGAUGUAAACUUUGGAUGGAAUUUGUCAUCUGAUCCGUGUACCAACAAAUGGGAAGGGAUAACUUGUGAUUCGGGUAUGCAACAUGUUAAAAAUAUCGUUCUUGAUCGGAAGAAUCUCAGUGGCAUUCUUGAUGCUGCUUUUGUAUGUGAAGCUACUUCCCUUGCUGUUCUAAGCUUGAACAAAAACGAAAUUAUUGGAACUUUACCACAAGAAAUCUCAAACUGCAGGCGUCUCACACACUUGUAUUUGCGUGGGAACAAAUUCUCAAGCAAUUUACCAAGCUCUCUUUCGCGGUUGAACAAUUUGAAAAGGAUUGUUGUUUCAGACAAUGCCUUCUCGGGCCAGCUACCUGAUAUGUCGAGAAUCUCAGGGCUGUUGACUUUUUUGGCUGAAAAAAACCAGCUAAGUGGACAGAUACCAGAAUUUGAUUUUUCUAAUCUUGUAGAAUUCAAUGUCUCCCACAAUAAUUUAACUGGUCCAGUUCCUGAUGUCAAGGGCCAUUUUAGUUCCAGCAGUUUUCUCGGUAAUCCUGGAUUAUGUGGAGGGCCAUUGUCAAGCACAUGUCCACCCUCGUCAUCGCCAUCGCCACCUCCUCAUCCAGUUGCGAAGAAGAAAAAAGUCUCAUUUCUUAUCUAUCUUGGCUAUGCUAUUCUCGGGCUGAUUAUCAUAUUUCUACUUGCAUGGAAGCUUUUUAAGUGCAUCAGGAAGAAAAAGAGCAAGAGUACUCCAAAGGGUCAGAGCAAGACUAUUAGCUCAGCUAGUGAGUCAAAGGCUCCUGGAAAUAGGUCAGAAUAUUCGAUAACAUCUCCUGAGAACUCAAUAAAUUCAGCAUCAUUUGAAAUCCUUUCGAGUCCCCUAGCUAAUAAAUUGAGAUUUGAGGAUUUGCUUCGAGCUCCAGCAGAAUUGAUUGGGAAAGGGAAACAUGGAAGUGUUUACAAGGUCAAAAUUGAUGGAGUAACAUUGGUAGUAAAGAGGAUUAGGGGUUGGAAUAUUUCAAAAGAUGAUUUCAAGAAGAGGAUGCGGAGAAUACAUAAAAUGAAGCAUCCUCAUGUGUUGCCCCUUGUUGCCUUCUAUAGUUCCAAGCAAGAGAAGCUAACAGUUUACAAGUACCAGCAGAAUGGCAGUGUCUUCAAGCUUCUCCAUUCAUCUCAGGGCAGCCAAAUUUUCGACUGGGCGAGCAGAUUAGGAAUUGCAGCCGCUGUGGCAGAGGCAUUAGCUUUCAUGCAUGAAGGCCUUCAGAACGACGAUGUUCCUCAUGGAAACUUGAAAUCCACCAAUAUUUUGCUGAACGAUGACAUGGAAGCCAGUAUCAGCGAGUAUGGUCUAAUGGCCAACCAUCAAGACCAGCCCUUUAUUGCUCAAAGUGAUCAUAGCAUCAGAGAAGAUGAUUCUUUUGCAAUUAGUGCACGUAACGCUUUCAAGAUGGAUGUUUAUAGUUUUGGAGUGAUACUUCUUGAAUUGCUGACAGGGAAGCCUGUUCAGACCAGUGGAUAUGAUUUGGCUAGGUGGGUAAAUUCAGUGGUUAGAGAAGAAUGGACUGGUGAAGUUUUUGACAAGGCCCUUAUUACAGAUGGUGCAAAUGAAGAAAGAAUGAUCAAUCUGUUACAAGUAGCUCUCAAAUGCAUCAAUCCAUCACCAGAUGUAAGGCCUAACAUGAAGGAAGUUGCUUUCAUCAUCAAUUCUAUCAAGGAAGAUGAAGAUAAAUCCUUGUCCAUAGUCAGCAAUUGAGGUCUAAAUAUUCAGACACAUGCUCCAACCCAAAGGCCUGUAUACAAAAUUUCGUAUUAUGUUUUUCUUGUUUGGGAAAAUCUCUAUCAUCUAUCUGAUGACAUGAAACGAUUAGGUUGAGCUGAUAAAUGAUGAGGUUAAUGAGUUUAAUUUGGAGGUACUUAGCGUUGAAACUCUCCUUAUUUGUGUAAACUGCAUUUUCAAUUAAAAUUUAUCAA